UUUAAACGCAUUGACCUUUGUGAAUCUUAAUUCUGUUUACAUUUGUUGCUUUUUAAUUGUCUUUAAUUAGUCAGCUUUUUUCAUCCAUAGGCGGAGCUUUUAAUUGCUCAUCUCUCAAGACAAUUAAACAUUAGGUUCACUUUUUUAUUAACCUUCACUUUAAAUUUGUCUCUUGACUACAACUGACUAAUUGUUUUCAUUAUUUGAAUUUUUUUUCUUCUCAUUUACCAUCAACCAUCUAAAUUUUUUUCUUAAUUGUGAUUUAAUUUUGUUUCUUUUUUAUUCUAAAUUGUAAAAAUGUCUUUUCCACCCAAUCGUGAUCGUAAGGAAUACGAUAUCAGAUUACUUGGACAUUUCACCGGCUUAGAAGUGGAAUUUCAAACCCGAAACAAUGAGCAUUUGAUUGGAAUGCUGAGCAAUCAUAAUUCCGAAAUUGGAACUUUUACUUUUACUAAUUUGCGUAAAAUUGAUGGCAAUCAUUGGGCUAUGAAGCAAAUAUAUACUUAUGCUGAUUUCUUUGGGAAGUUUAUUGCCACUGCCAACAUGGAUUUCAGACCAUCGGGAAAUUCAGGUCAAACGGCAGCCGAAGAGGAAUUGAACUCCGUUCUAACCGACAAGGAAACCAGAUUGGUUAAGAUUGAGAGUACUGAUGUUUCAGGAAUUAUCAAUAAUGAUCCAUUGGAAAUCAUAGUCAAUCCCGAUAUUAAGAAUCUACAAUAUGAAUCAAUUGAUUUCUCUUUUACUCUUGAUCAAGAUGAGUUCGAAACUGUCAUUUCAAAUGAUGUAACUCGAAUCACUUCACCAAAUGAUCAUUCACUUAACGAAGUUAUCGAGACACUUUCAUCUCGACAACUAAUCAGCAUGGUUGUUUUGCCUUUUUCCAUCGAUAAUCGUAAUGAACCAAUGGAAUUCAUUAUUUUCGGCUGUGAUAAAGGUUCUUUUAUAUUUACCGUUAAUCAAGAGGUAAUGAAAAGGUUGAAAGCUAUUCUCGAAUCGAAAGAAAUUACCAAAGUUCUUCACGAUUCCGCCAUUACUACAGCUCGUUUACGCCAUUUGUUUGAUAUCGACAUUGAAAAUGUCGAUGAUACUGCUGUUCUCAAUACUCACUACAUUCUAAAACAUAACAAAGACAAUCGAAAAUCAGAUCAGUUUCUUAAUCGUUUUCGAUCGUACAGUUCGUGUGUCAAAAGUUUUCUUGGAAUUAAACUUCCAUGGGAGCCAUAUGUUGGAUUCUAUCAAAGGUGCGGUAAAGGUAAGCUACUUGCCGCCGAACUGGACGAUACUGGACGUGGUUAUGCUCGAGGAUUGGCCAUGCUUUUACCUGAGCUUCGAAUGGAAAUACUCAAACAUAUUGUAAUCCCGUUAGUCGCCAAGCAAUUCACCUAUUCUAAUGUCGUUAAAUAUGCUUCCGAUCUCGAGUAUACUGAGCUUCGAAAUGGUAAUCUAAUUAGUCCCCAUAAUCUAAGUAACGCUGAUUGGGGUAAUUCUGAUGAAUUUAAUCUAUCAAUUACUGCCACUAUUUCUGAAUUAUUGUUGAAGAAAUUUAAGCUCUUCAAUCGAAUUAGAAAACCAUUAACUCGAGAUUCUUGUACUCAAACGGAUCCAAUGUUAGUUGGACAAUCGACUAGAAGAACUUUUUCCCCUUCUUAUUCACGGGUUCUUGCUCAUAUAAAUUCAUCAAGAUCAUCAACCGUCUCACCAUGUGAUUCAUCUGAUGAAUCUCUUGUUAAAACAACCAUCCAAUCAUCCGCAUCUUCAUCAUCAUCAUCGACAAUUAAAUCAAAUGGCCAUUGUAAUGGGAACGAUAAGAAAUUACUUCGAAUUGAUAAAAAUCAUCCACAAUUAUCUGAGAAUACAAAUGAUGAUAUUGAUUGGAGUUUAGCGAGGUUAAGCAAACUCAGCUCAUCCUCCGAUUCCUGGGGUAUAAAACACCCUGAUAUUAUACCCGCAGGCUUUAAUCGCUAAAAUUAUUAAAAUAAAUUUAAAAAUUUAAA